CAGAUUUUUUGCUUCAGUGCGUAAGAGGCCUUGAUAUCAAGGAGAUCAAUCAUGAAUAGCUGUUAAAAAAUGGCUGUGCACGAAGUGUUCCCUGGUUAGUGCAUGGAAGAGUAGUGAGUGUAUACUAUAAGAAACCUACCCUUUUGCAUAUCUGCGAAGAGGUUAUUCCACGCCUCGAACCCAUAUGACCUGUCACCAUGUCAUUAAAGGAGUAAUUGUGACAUAGCUUAGAAGGGCAGUCCGGUGCACAAAGCAUUCCGUGUUAGCAGGUACGGGGAAGCGCCGCACGGCGUGACGUAGACAGCCUAACCUAAUACAAGCGUUAGUGGCUACAUCCAGCUCGAGCCCGUGACCUAGCUUCUUAGUGGAAAAAUUACUCUUCUUCUUUUGGAGCAUCACAGGAGAGACAUGUAGUUAGCAUUUAAACUUUCACUAGCUCACUGUUUGUCAAGAUCUUUUUUUUUUUUUUUUUUGGGACUCUCUAAACUCGGCAACUAAUGGAUGGAGUUAUCUGAUUAGACUGGGUAUCAAGUUCAUAUUUAGCUGGUCAUCUUGUUCGUUUCCCUUAAAAGAGUGCCAGCUCUGGUCAGAUAAAGGCAUGGGAAGAUUCUUGUGAUGGUUGAAUUUGUUUUAUCCAACGUCUCGUUGUUGCUAAUUUGGUUUUCCCCUUAUUGCUUGCUUAUUGUGUCCUAGAAAUGGAAACUAAAUAAAUUUUUUGGCGGCAUUGGGUUUCAUUUACGUGGAUUUGAUGCUUGAUGUUUCAAUAGCAUUAAAAUUUUAUUCGAUGUAAUGAUAAGGGGCACGACAUGAAUACUAUGAUCAAGCUGGCGAAAAUGGCAUAUUUUUAAUUUUUUAUGUCGUGAGCAUUAUUUGUUAUGAGAUGAAUCAUAUAUAUCUUCACAGCUCAGCAUUUUCUUUAAAUAAAAAAAGAAGAAUCUUAUUAAUCUUUUUGUUAAUAUCUGUAAUUCGUUGUCAGGCAUAGAGAAGAGGAUGACAAAUGGCUGCACGACCUUUAUGAACCUGAUGAAAUUCAAGGAUCAAGUAUGUGGUGUUUGAGAGUCACACUGUUCACAUAGCAGUUUUUCUUAAAUGAAUGAGCAGUAUGCUUUUGAGUUCUGCAGUAAAAGAUUGAUUACUUUUGUUGUGCGCUUGUAUGAUCAUAGAGUUGGUACCAAAGAUCUUCAUCUCACACUCCAACGAAGAAGUAUCCAACAAGCUACUCAAAUUAUCAAGGGUUCGUUAUCUGGAGGUAUGAGGGAUCUGCGGGAAAAUCUCUGUGGUACUGCAUACUCGCAAACAGUAAAAACCGAUGCCCCCAAAACAAAGCUAAAGGCAAUUCCUGAAGUAAGUAAACCUGCCAAGAGAAGUGUCAAAGCUGAAUCUCCUGCCUCGGAGACCAAAAGUGUUGCCAGAAAAGUUUCUAAGAAGAAGUCCCAGCAGAAGGUUGAAUCAGUAGACAGUUUUCUACAAGCAUUGGGUCUUGAAAAGUAUGCAAUUACGUUUCAAGCUGAAGAUGGGGUGGAGCAGCAUGGGCGGGCUGAAGAAUAACGACGAAUAAAGCUUGUGGAAGAGAAUAUAGUAGAAAUAAAAGAUAGGAAGAAAGAGAAAAAGGAAGUUCUUCAAAAUUCUACUUUUGUAAAAUUUAUUGGAGGUUGUAUAUGAAGAGGGGCUUGGAACAAUGUAAAGCGUGAAGCUUUUGCACAGAUUACCCUUCCAAUGCAUGGUCUUUAAUUUUUUUGUCUCUCAUAUACUGUAUGUGUCUUUAAUUUUUGUCUAUGUUGCUCAUUUAUUGAGAAAUUCAAACCUGUUUUGCUUGGUAUAAGUUUUAUAACAUUUAUCUUCGGAAAUUGAAAUUUUGAUUCUCUCGUCAUAAGUAAAAAUUAA